UUUUCAAAGUUUCACUUCCGUGUCGGAAAUUUUCUACAAGAAAAAACUUUUUCUUAGCAUACUUUUAUUAUUGUUUACAGACUCACAAGUGAAAGAGAUGCCGAAGUCUCCUUCAAGGACUUCAAAGAAAAAGAAAUACAAUGCCAGAUUUCCACCUGCAAGGAUAAAGAAAAUUAUGCAAACAGAUGAAGAUGUAGGAAAAGUUGCUGCUGCUGUUCCUGUCAUUAUCUCUAGAGCCUUGGAGAUGUUUAUUGAAUCUCUGAUAACUGAAACUGCUAAAACAACAAUAGCCAGAAAUGCCAAAACUCUGUCAUCAUCACAUAUAAAACAAACAAUUGAAACAAACAAGCAGUUUGAUUUUCUUCGUGAUUUAGUGGCGAAUGUUCCAGACCAUCAAGUGGAAGACACCAGUGCAGAUAUCCCUGUUAAUGAUGCAGAACCUACAUCUAAGAAAGGUCGAGGGAGACCAAAAAAAGUUAAAGAUGGAUGUAGCAGCAAAAAGCCAAAAGGAGAGUCAUCAAAAGCUUCAUCAGAUACCUCGGAAGAGGAGGAUGAAGAUGAGGAGGAUGAAGACACAGAAACAGACGAAGAAAGCUCUGCGGGUUAUUCAGUGACGCCACCUUAUGUAAGAAACUCAGACAGACUUGGCCAAAGUGCAGAGCCACCCAACAGUACAGCCACACCCAAUGCCUUCAUGAACAAUAUUCAUAACACAAAUACCAACUUUGCUCCGUUUUUUACCAACCCAGCCCUGUCUAGUCUACAUAAGCAACAGCAGCUUCUUCAGCCUCAUGAGCAGUUCCAACAGUUUCCUGGCCCAACAUUACCCUUCCAAUAUUCCCCUUAUGUCAGCACCCCUCCUCUUGGAGUGGCCAACUACCCCAUACCCCCACAGUACAGCAACACUCUGCCUCUGAUGCCCCACCAGCAGCAACCUCCAGCUCACAAUCAGCAGUUGCAGCACUUCCAGGAGCAAACGAAUGGGCAACAACAGCAGCAGCAACCUAUAAACCUUUCCUUUUCUUCACGGGCUAUGGCGACAACUGCCUGCGAGAUUGAUGACUAUGAUACGUGACCUAAUGAUAGAAAGAUUACCUUCAGAGGAAAGGGCUUUGUAUUUGUUCAGCGCCCCUCCCUUUCCCAAACAUCUUUUGUCUAUAAACAUGUUUCUUUCAUGGACUUCUAUAUAUAUUUAUAUAUAUGCAUGUGAACCCAGCCAAUUUCAUUUUAAGUUUCUUCAUUAAGUUGCACAAGUAUUUGUGGUACAUAUUUUUUUUUGUAAUGUCAUGAUGGUGUAUGAAAUAAUAUACAAAACUGAAAAAGAAAUUUCUAGCAAUAGGCUAAAUAAUUUGAAGAGAAGGUCUGAUGUGAAUGUAUUUGGCUAUGGUUGAACAUUAUGUAAUUUUUUUAUUGUCUAAAAAUCGAAAAGUUGUAAACUUUUAACCCAGCUACUUGAUUUGAUGGUAGUAUUUUCACUAAUUUAGUGUUAAGUGAUAGUGCUGUAAGAACAAUUGUGAAAUUCAACAUCUUUCCAUGGACCAUCAUCUCAAAGUCUAAAAUUACUUAUGAAGUUUGAAACUAUUCUUUAUUACUUUUAAAAAACCUUAUUGUACACAAUGUAAGAAAAAAGAAUGUUACAGGAUGUAUAUAUAUAUACAGUGAACUCUGGGAUAAACCCAGAUAUAUAAUGUUAGGUUAAAUUUAGGUUAUUGUCUUUUUGAGACUUGUUUAUUAUGGGCUCAUUGAGUGAAAAUGGGUUUAUUGUUCUCUUUAGUUGGGUUUCUGGUCCUCCAUUUGUUGACAGUUUUGUUCUUGAGUUGUUAUUAUGUUGUUACAGAAGUUUCAGUGAAGCUGUUGAUACCUUGCUGUGGAUUUAUUGAUAUGUUUUGACUGUGCUCUUUUGUUUUUGUUCACUGAGUCGAUUUGAAACAUGAGGAAUUUGAAAUUGAUUGGUAAAUGAUUAGCCAAAAUUAUAAAAAAAAUGAUUCCCAUAUGAACUAA